AUGGGUGCAGUUAACUACCGAGACGGCAUCGCCAUCCUCCAGCUCAUUAUCUAUCCAGUGUUGCUUGUCACUGCAGUCCUCAUCUGGAAACGGAUUGGGUGGAGAGCUGGCGGAAAGUGCUGGCGAUUUGUUGUCACGCUCUCCCUCCUCCGAAUUGCCGGAAGUAUCUGCACGUUAUUGUCAAUCAACAACCACUCGACGAACAUCAUUAUUGCAGAGGAUGUAUGUGCGCUGAUUGGAAUUGCGCCUCUUAUGCUGACCUAUGUCGGGCUGAUCGGCCAAAUCGAUGAGGGAUCUCAAAAGAUUAAUCCCCGCCAACUCAAAUUCCUGUAUCUCUUGGGCUUCCUUGGCCUCAUCCUCGGUAUCGUUGGGGUUACGCUCAUGAACGGUCACUUCAGCGCAAACGGCGAGGUUAAGGCGGCCAUGGGCAUUUUCAUCGCACUUUUCGUCGUCAUUACCCUGGCGGCGGGUUGGCUAGCUUCCCAGCUUGGGACCACAAUGAGUGUGUGGCAAAAGAAGCUGUUCCUCGCCAUCGGACUUUCUUGGCCUUUCCUUUUGAUCCGACUGAUCUAUUCGGCCAUAGGUGAUUUCGGCAGCGACGCUCGUUUUACUGUCCUGUCGCCUACGGCGAGCAACACUAACGUCACCAUCUACUUGUGUAUGUCAGUGUUGGAGGAAAUUGUCGCCAUGGCUUUUUGUGUGAUCUUCGGGAUGUUGUCUGUGAAUGGAAAAGAACGUAGUCUUGGUUUUGACAUGAACUCUGGCAGAGAUACUGCUCAAGUAUAG